AGAUGUUAUUGAGUGGAUUGAAUUAUUGUUCUAGUUUGAUAACAUAAUUAAAAGUGUUUGAUGACAUGUUGUUAUUGAAGUAUUAAGUACAUGAUGCGUAAACAAUUGUUGUUUUAAUAACUUUACUAGUCUUUUAAUAAGUGAUUGUGAAAACAGUUAUGCUUUUCCUUUAAUAACAAAUAAUUAAAGGUCACAAUGGCUGACCAUCACAUCAGGGAAGCGGCAGAAUCUCUAUUGGAGAGUGUCUCCAAUCCACGUUAUAGAACUGUUUCUCAAACACAUUCAGUGAACUUAACAACGGAGGACCUGCUUGCCGGGUACCGACCAUACGGCAGGAUGUCAUCUGUGCGAAGGUUCUUCUGUCUGUUUGUCACAUUCGAUCUCCUUUUUACAAGUCUCAUGUGGCUGAUAUGUGUUAUGAUGAAAGGCGAGUCGUUAGUGCUUAUAUUCAACAGAGAAAUAGUACAAUACAGUAUAAAGACAUCUCUAUUUGAUGUAGUCCUGGUAGCAAUAUUAAGGUUUCUGCUGCUUAUACUGUUUUAUGCAGCGUUGUAUAUUAAUAAUUGGAGUGUUAUUGCUCUGUCGACUGGUGGGACGUGUGCCUUUUUAAUAGCCAAAGUAUUCGUUUUUGAUUGGCCGAAUGCAUCACAGCCGGUGUACCAAGUAUUCCUCAUCCUGACAUCGUUCACACUGGCUUGGGGUGAGGCCUGGUUCUUAGACUUCAGGGUGCUGCCGCUGGAGAUGGGAGCCAGCAGUCAUCGACCGACAGUAUCAGAGCGGACACCAUUGCUGCAUCCAGUGAGACCUGCAGCACCUCACUCUACAUAUGGAGAGUCAACUGUGAACUGGUUCUCACCGGUGGAGACUCCUGAAGCCAGUCCUAGACCUAGACUACCUGGAGAACAAGUCAUAUUGACACAGGAGUUGAUAGAUGAAUACAAGCAGCAAGCGGAAGAGAGUCUGCAAACAUCAUGGCGCAUCCUCAAUCUGCCGACAUGGAGGCUGGAGAAACGAGGCUCCCAUCGCGGUGACAUAGUCGAGUCAGUCAAUGUAGACCAACUGGGCAAAGUCUACAGGUUCACGGGUAUCGUCGAUUGUCCGGCAAAGUUCCUGUAUGAAGAGUUCAAAAACAAUAUGGCCAAGUUGCCGGAGUGGAACCCUACUAUAUUGAAGACUGAAUUUAUUAAGGAGAUAGGUCCAGGAGUGGAUCUAUCAUACCAGGUGACAGCGGGUGGAGGGCGCGGCAUCAUCGCGCCGCGUGACUUCGUGAUCCUGCGGCGCACCGCGGCGUUGUCGCGUGAUGGCCGCGUCACCGACACGGAGCCCUACUGCUACAUGACCAGUGGGAUUAGUGUGCAGGUGCCCGGGUACCCGCCACAGAAGGAUAUGGUCAGAGGUCAUAAUAAAGUUGGCAGCUGGGUGAUGAAGCCUAAAUCAACACAGACUUCUGGUGGAAAGAUAGAGGAGUGUACGAUAUUCCAUUGGUUAAUGUGUUGUGAUCUUAAAGGUAAAAUUCCCCAGUUCGUGUUAGACGCGGCUUUCGCUACAGUUAUGUUGGAUUACAUCGUCCAUGUGAGGAAAUUCGCAGCUGAAUCUAAAGCUAAGGGUCUCUUCUAACUACAAUUAGCUCAAUUAUAUGGUGCUUUAUACAUAUUGGCUAGAUUCAACCUGCGUACAAUAAGAUAAAUAUAACAGUGGGUUUCCAUUGCUAUGAUUGCAGUGAAAACUUAUAAAUUAAGAAUGUGCAAAUUAUAAAUGCGUUGAUUUCAUUGGUAAUAAAUAUAUUAUUCAACGCACAAAAAAAUAUAAAAAAAUAUUGGUUUUUAAAAAAUAAUGUACUAUAGCAAAAAAUAUGGAUCGUCCAUUAAUCGUCUUUUUUAGCAAGUUUUUGAACUUCUCUCGUCUCUUUGGUGAGAUUUUAGACUACCUAAAAUCACGUGUAUUUUUAGGGUUCCGUACCUCAUAGGAAAAUAACGGAACCCUUAUACGAUCACUUUGUUGCCAAUCCGUAUAUCUGUCAAGACCACUUUAUCAAAAGCGCGUGAAGAUAUCAAGCUGGAAUUUAUUUUAGUACAAA